GACACAACAUCCACAUCCCGUUCUACCACCAUGAAAAUCCUCGACGCCGGAGACAAUCUGUUCUCAAAUGCUGAUGUCUUGGACUGGGUCGACCGCAAGCGCGCACAACACGCGGCUGAAGACGCAGAAGACAAGGCCAAGGGCCAGAAGCCUGCUGCUCGACCGAAGAAUUUCAUGCGUGUCCUCGAUCGCACCGAACGCGAGCUCAAAAGCGACAAGUACCCGUACGCCAAGAACCCGAGUGCAUACAAGGACGUCGCACGCAGUACCGCUUUCCAAAGAUUCGCGCGCGAAGCAGAGAAUGCCAUGCAGGACUCACUUGAGGCGGAAUGGAAAGAGCGACUGCAGGAGAUGACCAGGGAGCAGAUCGAUAAAGAGUUCGAGCCGGAGCAGGAAAAGAAGUGCCUUACUGAGCCGGAGAUGCUCAUGAUCUACAAUCAUGCGCCGGAGACCAUCGAAAUGCUACAGCCUAUGAUUGAGCAUGUGGAGGAUCGCUUCACCGCGGAAGAGCAGCAGCUACUGGUGGAUGUAAUCGUCCGGACACUCAGGCCAGACGAGCGUCCAACGCAAUCGCAAGGGAACCAACAAGGGGACUAGAAUUCGUCUGUUCGCGACGCUUGCGAGAACGCCAAAGCUGGGAACGACGAGGAAACCGAUAUGAUCGCGUUGGAAGUGGUGACCCGUGACAGAGGACAACAAGUGACGAAAGGGAUGAGCCUCGUUACUUCGAUGUCUGAGGAACUGGCUCAAAGUGCCUUGACAACUUCACGUCCGGACUCGCCACUGGAAGGACGUCGGUCCAAGAUCGGAGACAUGGUCAUUGACAUCGCAGCUCUUCCAACAGUCGUCACAGCAUCUUCUCCACCGGAUUCAUUUGUUGGCGAACCGGUCGCUGAGAGCACUGACUCCACAGCUGGUCAAAAGAAGCGUCGUUUCAACGAUACUGAAGGGACCGCUACUGCAAAGCACGGUAAGAAAAAGAUCACGACGAAGGAGCAAGAAAAACGAGCACCAACUGUGAAAGAGCGUAAAGAUCAAGCAGCAACUGCAGCAGCUAUUCAGAAAAGGGUGCUGGCUGGCACUUUCGGCGAUGCGAAGACCGACAGUGAGGCACAAGAUCACUCAAUGCAGAAAGGAGUGAUUGACGCAGAAGCUAUGGGCGAAAAUGCUGUUCCUUUAAGUCGCAAGCUCCGGUCGUUUGAUCAAUCUUCUACUCGACGCAACACGACUCUGGGACCAAAUAACGAGUCUAGUAUCAUGAAAGGCCAAAGUGAUGCGAAGUCCGGAUUGAAUCGGGAUCCACCUAGCUCAGCUGGCAACUCCUCAAAGGAGACACCAGCUACUGCACUGGUAUCACGCCACGGCCCUAAGAACGAGCAUUCUGCGCAUCUUGGCGCGACUCCCAGCCAGCGUGAAACACGGGCUAGCCAGAGACGAAAAAAGUAUAUAAGUCCAACUGGUCUCGUAUAGCAUCGACGCACAAGGGAAAGGCAGCUCUUGCAAUAUGACGAACAACGUCCAGGUUUGUCGUGAUCUAUUUUGCCUGCCUGGUCUUUAGAGACCUUUGCGUGUGGAUGCGCUCGGAAGCAUCUGCUCGUACGAUGCCUAUUGUGACAUUAGCAUGGGACAAGGAGGCAUCCAUGGAGGAGCCUUGCGAUAACUUACUCUCGUACGCUUAUCACCACUUUGGAAGAUACCAAGUGGAAGCCAAUGUGGCAAGGACCUCAACCACACUGCAGCACCGAGAUUACCUGCCAAGAUGAUUUGCUUUCCGCGUCCGCUCAUGACUUGCUUAACAACUGCGUCGGCGACGCUUUCGGCAGUGAUUAUGCGAGCUCCACCAGCUUCGAGUUGCUUCUGGAAUGGUGCCACCAUAGGCGUCGCCGCAAAGGAAGGGUGCACGCAAGAGAACUUGACUUCCGGUGCGUUGUAGAAGACACGAGUCUCUUGCUGCAGACCCUCGUGGAAACCCCAAGCGGCGACUUUGGUGUUGCUGUAUGGCACAAGUCCAGGAGUCGUAGCGAAAGCAGCCAUAGAUGCAAUGGUCACCACAUGACCUUUCUUAUUCUUCGUCAUGGCCGGAAGGAACUCCUGAACGGUAUAGUAAUGCGAAAUGAUGUUGAUAUCGAACACCUUGCGCAAACCCGCUUCACUCUGCUCCAAAAUCGGCCCCUCACUAGAAAUACCAGCAUUGUUGAUCAGGAUACUUGGAUCGCCAUGUUCGCGUCGGAUGUGCUUCGCGACUUCAGCAACUUGCUUGCGAUCAGUCACAUCACACUUGUAGUAGUGAAUCCUCGGAUUGUUUUUCAUGUCGGCGGGGAGAUCAUCGCGAAUAUCCAAUGCAAUGACGUUCAGUCCUCGAGACGCAAAGUCUUUGGACAUGAGACUUCCGAAACCUCCUGUCGCUCCGGUAAUGACUACGACUUCUUGUGGCCAGUGAUAUCUGUGCUUCUCCGAUCGUAGUCGGAAAUUGUUUUGCGCGAGCUCCGAGAGCCAUGUGUUGGUCUUGCUGACGAGGCCGAUUGCUACGAGCCAUUUGAGCGAUGUGAUCAGUCUCGUAAUGUUUUCUGGGGAGAGAUAUUGGCGGAGCUGGGCGAGGAGUGGCUCUCGGAUGCGGUCUGGUGAUUGUGUGAGCGCGAAGAGAAUGGCGCCUGUUACGGCGGGAGUGAGGAGCUUCGACAUCUUGGCAGGGAGAUCACAGUGAGGCAGUAGUAGAGGCUGUUU